AUGGAAAGAUUUGAAAAAUGUUUCCAAGAAUUUACUGAGCUUGUUUGGCAGUGUGUACAAGAGGGCAAGGGAGCUGUGCAGGAGGAAGCCCAGGGUCUGGUGUGGCCAUACACUCACCGUAUGCUGGUGCUACCCACUGAGAGCAGAAUCGGGAGCAACAGCAAGCCUGGAGCAGGUUUUAGAAAGAGAAAGAUUCUGGUGAAGCUCUGUAACAUUUUACAUACUGAUUCCCUGGCAGAAGUUUUGCAGUGGCUGGCUAAUGCAAGUUCAAAAGAAAAAGAGUGGGUCUCAGCUUUGAUUCAUGCUGAGCUGGCUGAGAUGAACUUUCUGUCUCUGCACCAAAAAGGCACCUCGGCAGAACCAGCAGCAGAGACUCGGAAGCCAUCCAAAGUUAAAUCGCCCCCAAAUUCACCCACAGAACCCAAGGUGCUGACCAGAUCUAGGAAAGAACAUCAACUGACCAGAGUGUCAACUCAAGGAUCUGAAGGAAGUAAGAAGUGCCAAAAGAGGCUGAGCACAAGCCUCCGUUGUUUAUAAGAAGAAAUAAGAUGAAAAUACCUGUUGCAGAGUAUUUCAGCAAACCAGCCUUCUCCCACACCUAAAACUCAGGCGAGCAUAUCAACAAAAGGAGUCUUCAACAAGGAUACAAUCUCCCCAAAGAGCACUUUAUCCUUAAACAUACCAAAGGUAGACAUUCUAGACUGGGCUAAUUCUUUCAUAAACAUACUUGGGUACAACUUUAACUAUUUAAAAAAAAUAUUUUGGUAUUUAGGAAUCAUCUCUUCUAUAUGGUGACACAUGUAAAUCACAAAGCACCUGUAUAUAAUGGUACUAAAUAAAAAUGGAGACAAUAUUUUUAUUUAUAAUUUUUAUGCCACGUGUAAUAGAAAUACAUUUAUAUACUACAUUUCCAGUCUUACACUAUUGUCUAGGUAGAUAAGUAUACAGCCCUCAUACUAGAAAAACAAACCAGAGUAAAAAACAGGCAGUUACAACACCUGCCCCAAAGUCUGAUAGAGAAAAUAACAAAACAGAAUUUUAACAUCUGAGCUAAUUUUUGCAAUCUACAGUGUUUCAAUGUUGUUGGAUUAUUUUGGAAAAAU